UCUGAUGAUGGCCGGUCUGCUUCAAAAAGAGGAUUUCGAUGAGCUGUUGAAAUGGAUUGGGGGACGGAGGAAGUUCCGACUGUUGUACAAGAUCACCAGGGACGGAUGUUCGGCGCCCACCUUCCACUCCAAGUGUGACGGCAAGGGAAUGACUGUCACGGUGCUCUGUAACCCCAGCGACACGGUGUACGGGGGAUUCACCUCCCAGAGUUGGACCAGUGCUGGAGGAGCUUACCUCUCGGACCCAAAGGCUUUUCUGUUUCAACUCAAGUUCAACGGAAAAUCUUCUUAUAACCAGUUCCCGAUAAAACCUGAAAAAAUUGCCAAUGCAGUACACUGUCAUUCGGGUUAUGGCCCAAUAUUCGGAGGUGGUCUUGAUCUUACUACAUUUUCAGGAAAUUUGACAGCUAGUAACGGAGUAUUUACCUUAAAUUCUAGCUGUGCCCUCAAUAAUACCUACAACAUGAAAGGAACAGACUACAAUGCGUUUGCCAAUGGGAACUUGCAAGUAAAAGAAAUGGAGGUUUACCAAGUGGAUGAUUGCGACAUGAACGAUCCUUUAGAAAUUCCAUGGAGAAGAACCCCGGAAUGGACAACAAGGCUGAUGCAAGAGCUGAAAGAGGAAAUAGAAAACUACAAGCCCCUGGAACAGCUCAAGAUCCAGCAGACGAAGAUCCUGUUGAUUGGUCAGAUCGGGGCGGGAAAGUCCAGCUUCUUUAACACGAUCAACUCCAUCUUCCGGGGCUACGUCACAAGUCAGGCGUGCAGCGGUACAGCUGAACACAGUCUGACCACACAGUAUCGGUCGUACCAGGUUAGGAAUGGUCCGUCUGGCAAACCUCUUAACUUCCGGUUGUGUGAUACACGUGGUCUGGAGGAGGGGCAGGGAAUUGAAGCCCAGGAUGUGUGUUAUAUCUUGGAUGGCCAUACCCCAGACAAAUAUGUGUUCAAUCCCUCGCUUCCACUGAGCUCAGAUAUCGCAGGAUUCGUCAAGGCUCCCAAACUGAAGGACCGGAUUCACUGUGUGGCCUUCGUUCUGGACGCUUCCUCUGUUGACGUCAUGUCGGAGAAGAUGCUGGAGAAAAUCAGAAAGCUCCAGACAGCGAUGAACCAAAGAGGUCUUCCUCAAGUUGUUUUACUGACUAAGAUUGAUAAGAUAUGUGCGUCUUUGCAAGAUGACGUAGGACUGACGUACUACAUUCCCAUAGUCCAAGAGCACGUGGAUAAAGUGGCGGCGAUGAUUGGUCUUCCUAGAUCACACGUGAUCCCCGUCAAGAACUACGAGAGUGAGCGAGAACUCAACAACAACAUCAACAUACUGAAUCUGUUGGCCAUGCAGCAGAUUCUGCACUUUGCAGACGACUUCCUGUACAAUUACCUUGACGACCUGGACGACGAACAAAUAAGCACUGCCGACUAAUUUGAACGUCAAGUUGUGAUGUCGUCGUUGAUUCAUAGGAAUUGCAAAGUUAUUCUAAAGAACUUUUCCAGGUUGCAGAUUGUUAAAAAUUACGUGAGAGAUGUAUGUCAUUUUAUAGAGAAGUAGGAAUUGUGACAAAAUGUGUGUAUAAUCUUCAAAUUCGGAGCUCACUCUCUCUAUCAUGAAUACGAAACAAUUCCGUUGAAAAUGAUAAGAUUUGCAUAAAUGCUGAUGAUAUCUGAAGUUAAGUUAAUAAUGAAUUCUAGUAUUCUGGGAAUAAGGCUUUCAUUUAGCAAUCAACACACCGUACGCGUUUUUCUUCUACUUGUUUUAAGACCCUCUAUGUUCUGAUGAGUAUUGAACUGUCAGAAAAUUUAACUGCAUAAUUAAAAUUUUGAUGAAUUGUAAUGUAUUAGAAAAUUCCCAUAUUAUUCAAAUAGGAAAUAAGAAUGGUCCUGAUAUUUUAGAUGGGAGUGGUUUAAUAAAAUGUAUUUUUAAGACUCUCCUCCAAGUAUAAAACAUAAAAUAAAGGUAUGAUUAUACCAUUCUGCUUUUGAUACUUGAUUAUGACCAAUCGAAAUGUUGGAUUGUCAGUGAAGCCAAUCUUGCCAAAGACCAGUUUUUAUUUCAUAACUGACAUAAUUCGAUUUACAUGUACCCAGGUGUCGCCUUCGUUUACUUAGGAUUAUAGGGUAUAUCGAUGACGCAUUGAUGUUUGGUAGUUCUGUGCAAGAGUGUUCAGAUCACUUCAAGGGUUUAUAGUAAAUUAUAACUUAUCUGUUUCAAUCAAUACCAAGUAUUAAAAUCAUUUUCUUAGCAAAUGUUAUUGAUUCUUAAUUGGUGAUAUUUGUUCUUACUGAAGAAAGAAAAUUGUCUAUUUAAGAGGCAUGCAAAAAAUAAUAAUAUAAUUUAUAUAGUGCCCUAUAUAAUAAAAUUAUCACUCUAAGGCGCUUUACAUAAAAUGGACAUAAAAUGGACAUUACAAAACAUAGAAUGCAUAGCUAUAAAACAAAAGGAGAAGUAAAUAAUAGGCCGACAGAUUACAAUAAGAUAGAAAGAACAAAGGGAAAAAUUCGGGAAGUUGUCAGUCAUUGGAUUGUUAGUGGCUAGUUUCUCAGCGGUAGGAUUUGGUCAGUUGUUUAAUCGUGACAUGGAAAGGGCAAUGACUGGUGCACUUGCACAAUCACAGUAUGGGUUUGCAAAUAUGUUUAAUUUAUUUACCAAUUAAGGGCCCCCAGGGAGAUAUGCAUAAAAACAAUAAUAUAACAAAUAAUAUAACUGCAGCUAUACAAAGAUAUCAAAGAGAAGAAUGAAUAAAUCCAAAUCUUGAGAUAGAUGGACCACUAAGGAAGCUACAAACAAUAUCAGUUUUUUAGAACUUUUAGCUUGCUUUUUUAGAUAAAAAUCGUUUCUCUGCCGUGACCAAAAAGAAAAGAUUAUGAAUAAUACCACAGUAUAUCAUUCAUCACUAACAUUGGCUCUAUUACCUCUAAAAAUCUGACAAACUUGCAAAAGAAAUUUUGCUGUAUUGUAUGAAUAGGGGUCUUGUUUAAGUGCAUGGCAUAUUCCUAGUAAAGGUAACAUGACAGCUGACAAUUUGUCAAAUUUCAUGAUCAGAGUGGAUUUCAAGUAAAUGUGAGUUUAACAGAAUUAUUCAAUAAAAAUGGGAACAACCUGAGAUUGAAUUUUUAACAUAUCUUUUCCCCCAAGGUUUAGGUUACAGCGGUAUUGAUACAGUCAGAGAGGCCUUUAUCCUUUUUCUUUCUUUUUUAUGGGUUUUUUUCUGUUGGAUGUCAUCUAUUGGUUAUAAAAUUUAUGAAAAGUGUUUUGAAAUUGAGACCAUCAAAAUCAAGAUAUGUUCAUACAUGGGAUGCGUCUUUUGUUUUAAAGAAAUUUAUUACCUGUUAAAUUUGACAUUGAAGUUAUUUAUGUUUAUUAGCUUAAUUUGUGCAAGUAGGGUACAACCUAUUCCAUGUAUGAAACUUAGUAAUAUGACAAGAAGGAAGAAUUAUAGUUUUGUCGUCACUUUUAGUGACCUUUUGAAAACAUGUAAACCUAACAGUAGCAUGUCUGACAUGGUCUUAACAUCUUAUCCUCCAGAUAGAAGGCUUUGUGUUUGCCUUGUUCUAUGUGAGUAUAUGUAUACUAGUAUAUAUCGGACUGCAAGAAUAAGAAAGAAAUGUGAUUCAUUGUUCAUUAGUUAUGUACAGCCUCAUAAGGAGGUAUCAAGAGACACUAUUGCACGUUGGAACAGUGAUCUGUGAAGCUGGAGUAGAUACUACUAAUUUCAGGGCUCAGUGUUCGAGUUGCAUCCGUGUCUAGAGUAAAAUGGAACUUUGUCCCUUUUGAUGACAUUUUGACAAUUGUA